UUCUCUCUCUCUCUCUCUGUCUGUGUCUCUCUCUCUCUGUCUGUCUCGCUCUCUCUCUCCCAUCACUCUCACUGUCUCUCUCUCCCUUUUUCUGUAAAGUCCAAUACAUUCUCAUCCAAUGGAAACCAACUGGAGCACCAUGUCUGCUGUGGGAUUAGAAGGUAAGGGAAAGAAAGAGAAAGGAAAGAGUGAGGAACGGACAGAGCGAGAGAACAGUGACUGGAAGCUAAAUCCAUCACCUGCAUUUACACAAUAGGUUCUCAGUGACACACCAGAAUACAUAGAACCUUAACCAAUUUCAUGUUUCUUUUUGAUUUGUACCUAGCCACUGAUGUGACACCAGUCGUUCAUUUUAGUAUAUUAGCACUCAUUCCAUUUUUGUUUUAAGGACAGGAAGGUGAACAUACGAAAACUGAGAGAGAGAGAGAGAGAGAGAGAGAGUGAGACAGCAAGAGAGAGAGAGAGAGAGAGAGAGAGCGAGACUGCGAGAGACAGAGAGAGAGAGAGAGAAAGAGAGCGAGACUGCGAGAGAGAGAGAGAGAGAGAGAGAGAGAGAGAGAAAGUUAGUGAGGAGGGAAUGGAAGGCGUGAUGGAAUAGGACAUUGCGUUUAUCGCCCAGAAAACAGGCGCUUGAGGACAUGAGGGGACACACCAAUAGUGGAGAGUCCAACGUGAGUGUGUGUGAAGGUGUGAUCAACAUUCUAUCCACAAACAUGGCCAUGGACGCCAAUUUAAGAACUACGGUCUCACAUUUCUGCAACUUCUUUUGCAUUUGUUUAGACCCUCUGAGUGGCGUUUGAACUGAAAAUAAAACUAAAUGCACCCUGGUGAGACUGACAACAAGGGAUCAGCAGACUAAACAUCGCAGAUUCCCUGACUGAGGCAUCUGAUUGAGUAUUCACAGGGAAGAAUAAGCAAAGCUUCUGAAAGAUGUCAUCAACAUGCACUGAUCCACACAAGCCAAGACAAAAAGACGUUUAACACUUUAGAGUGUGUGAUGGCAAUGAACACACCUGAAGCCGAGAAUUAGAGCUCUGUAGCUAGAGAGAGACAGAGAGAAGAAGACCAUGAUGGAGAAGUUGGAGCCCACUGUAUCCCCCUCCCCUGCUCUGUCAAUAACUGACCCCUUAACUCCUCCACACACUCACUCUCCGUGCACCAGCAGCCCUACAGCUAACGAGGCUAAUGGCACAGAGAGUGGCGCGAGUACAAACCCCAGCAGUCCUGCUACAUUGCAACUUACUGAGGCGGUCAAUGUAGAGGAGAAAGUGACAGCAGCUAAACCUGCUACCUCACCCCCAAACACAAGCCUCCCUUCCGUUUCCACUUCCACAUCCAUGUCCAAUUCCACUUCCACCAUCGUCCUCUCCUCUCCUCCUUCUUCAUCCCCUGCUCCACUGCCCCCUAACAUCCCCGUGAUCAGUCUGGCUCACAGUAAACCCCCUCUGCCCCCGAUCCCGAUACCUGCUGCUCAGCUCACCGCCCUCCACCCCAUACCUACAGUGCCACACGGACCUGGGGAACUCCGACUGGCACAGCUAGCUGCCCUCUCUGGAGGUCCGACAGCCAGUGUGCCUCCACCUAGAGCUCUACUGCCUCACCAAUACCUGCCUGGACACCCUUUACUCAACAGCUCUUUUCUUAGUCCCUCCAGUAGUUAUGGUUUCUUCAGCAACAACCGUGUUAAGAGAAGACCAUCAUCCCACUUUGAGUUGGAUCUCACUGACUGUCCUCCUCAGAAGCUGGCCAGGCGUGUUUUCACGAACAGCCGUGAACGCUGGCGUCAGCAGAAUGUGAAUGGUGCUUUCUCAGAGCUCCGAAAGCUGAUCCCCACACACCCACCAGACAAGAAGCUGAGCAAGAAUGAGAUCCUGCGGCUUGCUAUGAAGUACAUCAACUUUCUGGUGAAGCUGUUGAAUGACCAGGCCAACGACAGCACCGCAUGCAGCCUAACGGACAGCACUGAGGAGGACAAGAGCAAGAUGAAAGGCGCAAACGAAACGAUGGGCAAUGGCGACAGAGACUGCAGUCAUGUCCUGCACCCAGCAUGUUCCUCAGACAGCACCUUGCCGUCUCAGAUCACACCGCCACAUCCUGCAGUUCGCCUGGCGUUAGUCACUUCCCACCGUAACAGAGACUCCACUGAUUCAGUCAUCGCUUUGACCAUGUCACCUGGCUCCAGUUGCUAUGGCGACACGGAUAGUGAGGAGACUUUAGGCUCACAGAAUUCAGGGAUUCUUAAGACGAGUGUUAGUGAAGGGAUGGUGGAAAAAAUGAAGGAACAGAUACAGACUGUUAUGGCAGGCGGGUACCACCGGUGACAUCACCUGUGACAUCAUUUUCAAACACUGGAGAACAAACUGACAAAAAGAGGAACAACUGGUCAAAAUAUAUAUAGUGCCAUAUGUGUAUGUGUGUGUGGUUUUUUUUUUUUUUUUUUUUUUUUUUUUUUUUUUUUUGCGGAAUUGUUCUAUUAUUAUUAUUACUAUUAUUAUUAUUAUUAUGUAUGAAUUUAGAUGUUGGUUACUUCCCUCCAUAACAGUGUUUAAAUUGAGACAUUUUAAUAUUUUAAUUGUUUUAUUGUGUGCAGAUUAAUUAUUAGCAUCUGAGAGGUAAUCAUGUUUGACUCACACACACUGUCGUUGUAAUAUUGUGGCACUUUGAAGUUCUCUAUAUGGGUUCCCUUUAAGGAAAAAUAAACAUGCUCUGUAUUUCGA